AUGGAGGGUCGUGUAGUUGCAAUGAUAUUUUUACUCAUGAUCAUUCUGGUUGCUUCACCUUCACCAAGUUCAUGUGCGAGACUUAAUGGUUUCCCCACAACAACUACUUUAAGAGAUGAUGAUUCCAUUGGUGUUUAUGGUGAUCAAGUUGCUACUGUAACAUCAAAUUCAUUCAAUAAUAAGAAAUAUGGUGAUGUUUUUGCAACACCAUAUAGAUUCCAUGAGUAUCGUCCUCUCUCAAGUAGCCAAACCAGUGAUGAUUUACAAGCAUUUCCGGAAGCAGAUGGAACAAGCACAUUCAAUGUGAUGAAUUAUGGUGCUAUUGGGAAUGACCAAUUUGAUAACACACAAGUAUGCCUUUCUGAAAGCAUGGGAAUUGAUGUUUGUGGAUCCACUCAAGACAUCCCUACCCUUAUCAUACCAAAGGAUAACAAUUUCCUGCUCAGUUCUGUUGAGUUUAAAGGGCCUUGCAAGGCUGCAAGUGUCAAUUUUCAGCUAAAUGGGAACAUUGUCGCGCCAAAUGAUACGAAUGCUUGGGGAGACAACAAGGGCAGAUGGGUUCAGUUUGAUCAAGUUCAAGGUCUGAUAAUCAAUGAAGGAGGUCAAAUUGAUGGUCAAGGUCAGGCUCUCCAUUUUGACAGUUGUGAUGGUCUUCGGUUGAGUAAUAUUACGCAUAUUAAUAGUGCAAAAAACCAUAUAACCAUCACCAGCUGCAAUGAUGUCCAAAUUUCUGAUAUCCUUAUCAGGGCUCCAGAUGAAAGUCCAAACACUGAUGGAAUUAACAUCUCUACAUCAACCAAUAUCACCAUUCAACGUUCUUUUAUAGGCACCGGUAACUGGAACCAGAUUUCCUAG